GUCUUACUUUAGGUGAAGGUUAUAUACUUCCUCAACUAUUUAAUGUGUGUACAGUGAUUAUAAUCUUUCUGAUUUUUGUUGAUAAUCUAUUCCACAAGAAUAUAAAGACAAUGAAUAGCCAAACAUCUUCAAACAACGCAUCAAAAAGAUCGAGCAAUUCAACUCCUUCGACUCGAAGGACAUGGACUGCACAGGAAGAACAAACUCUUAUAGAUGGGUUAAAAGAGUUGUGUGCUAAUGGCUGGAGAGGUGAUAAUAGAACUUUUAGGCCGGGAUACCUGAAGGAGUUGGAAUGUUAUUUGCGUAAACAUCAUCCUAACAGUGGAUUAAAAGCUGAACCACGUAUCGUAUCUAAAAUAAGGCAUUGGAAGAGAUGUUAUGCGAGUAUAGCUAUGCUAAAGAGCCAAAGUGGUUUGGGAUUUCAGUAUAGUGAUGGAGCUAUAAUAGUUGAUGAUCCAAAAUUUUGGGAUGACUUCCUAAAGAUUGAUCCAAAUGCCAAGAAUAUGAACACCAAAAAAUGGCCGAUGUUUGAGGAUUGGGAGGAAAUCUUUGGAAAGGAUAGAGCAACGGGAGAGUUUGCCAAAGGACCGCUAGAUGCCGCUGAGGAAAUUCAAAGGAAUCAAUGUCCAGAACUUUUUAAUGUCAUGACUUUGGGAUUUCCUAUUGAUGUGGAUGGAGAUGAAGAGGAAGAUGCUAGCCAUAAACCAAAUGCAGCUACUGGAGAACCUGAAAAUGAUACUGGACCUACUGCAUUUACUGGAGCAUCUGAAAAUGAAAAUGCUGGAGCAUUUGAAGCUGGAUCCCAACAAGCCAACAAACAAGAUGAGUACACUAGAAGGUCAUCUAAUGUCAAUGAAAAGGAGAAAUGCAAGAAAAGGAAAAAAAGCUUGGAGAAUGAUAAUGAGACAUUUCUUAAAGGUAUGAUGGAGGUUAUAAAAGGUUUUACACAAACGAAUGAAAUCCGAUCUUCGUAGUCAAAUUUAUUCCAUCAUUGAGUCUCCCAUAUUUGAGUUGUACUCAACCGAGCAACGCAUCAAAGCAACAAUGGUCCUUUGUGAUGAUGUCAAAAAGAUGGAAUUGUUCAUUCGUAUGGGUGAACUUGAACGUCAGACGAUGAUGUUUAUGAUUAUCAAUGAUAAUUUUUAGAGUUUGGUAGAUGUGUGUAUAAGUGAUGGCUCUAUUUUGAUAGUUUUUGCUUAACUGAAAACCUCCGAAGGUUAAUUGUAGUGUGAUUUUUUUGAUACGUCGGAGUACGUCCUAUCUUGUCUAUGACUACGCUUGGUGUAUGGGCUCAAGGAUCAUAGUUUUUGUAUAACUAGCAUCUACGGAAAAACUUGAAUGUGGUGGCACUGGUGAUAAACUCAAAUGAUGUAUGUAAAUGUAAUUAUUAAGUUUGCAUAGUAUAUCUUUUGUCAGUUGGUGUAUUUGCUUAAGUUUUGGGACUGAUUGAAAGGUCCCAUUUCAAUAUUAUGCUAGAAGUUCAUUAUUGGGGACAGUAGAAGACUUGCACAGAAUAAUUUGGAGAGAAUUAUGUUGCGGUUAUUGCUGAUCUCGUUUUCGUACUAGAGUUUGAAGAGGCUUUUAUUCUGACUCUCUAUAUUUAGAGCUUAUGACCGUUCAGCUUUAGCAUUUCAUUAUAUUCCAAAGUCUAAAGCCAUGACUCCUUUUUCACACUUACCAGAUGCACAGGACAUUGCCUUCACGACACUUCCUGUUGUAGAGUAUGCUAUGGUACAUGUUGAACUCGAUAGGAAUUUGGUAUUGACUAUUGAGUGUCUCAAACAAAACAACCAAGUUCUUCCAGUUGAAUCCAAUUGCACAAGUUCCUUUACAGGACACACUCGAUAGCUAUGUAGGUGCGAACAAGGUUAUUGCUUUCUAUGCCUAAGUUCGCACUGUUGUAGCAUUGUGUGUAAUCGCUGAAGCAAAAUGUUUCUCCUACUACUGUGUUAGCUCUCCAGUUCAGAAUACAAAAGAAGUCACUCAUUGUAGAUGUUAUGAAGGAUCUUAGUAAGAGGGUAAAGUUACUCCUCGAGUAAUUCUACUAAAGUGUUCAUGCACGCGCCUCGAGUAAUUCUACAGGAUUAGUAGAGGUACCGGGUAACUCUGUUCAUCACGGCUCGUGGACAUCUAAAUUUUUGGGAGGUCUUAUUCAGUUUACCUUCACAAAUUUUGGUGAUUACGGAGAGUAUGAUGUAGGCAACCUACUCUAGUGCGAUUAUGAUUCAACUAUUUUUCCUUCCAUCACUUACACAUGUUUUACGCGAUAUAUGUUCUCAUUUUAAUUUGAAGCAUUAAAGUUAGAUGGUUGGUUUCGUAUAAAUAUCUAUCUAGUGCAGAUAAGUGUUAUUCGUAGUGUAUGCCCGAGCUGAAGAAACUUCUUGCUGCUCUCGGUCGGUGCAGAAGCAUCUUUCAUUCACGCAGGAUACAUCGUAGCGCUGCAUUUUGAGAAGGGUAUGAUGUAUGCAACCUACCUUGCGCGAUUAUGAUUCAACUAUUUUUCCUUCAUCACUUACACAUCUUUUACGCGAUAUAUGUUCUCACUUUAAUUUGAAGUGUUAAGUGUUUCUGAUGGAUGGCAAAUAAGAAAAUCAGGCUGAAAGAUCGAUAGGCCUAAUGUUUUCAUGUCUUUAGGACCCAAUGCUGAUGCAUCAAGCAGGACAUGCCAGCCAUACAUUUCGUAUGUUUGUUUCGUUGAAGAAUUAGUUAAAUGUAAUAAAAUUACACUUGACCGAAAAAAAACCCAAAACAAAUGACUUCAAAGAUGGACAGUGGCAGAUUAAAAGAAAAGGGUAUAUGAGGUUCCAACAAUUGUUUGAAUGAUAAUGUCUCAUUUCAUGAUGUGAUAGACGUCCAUAAAUUAUUUGACGAGGGGUCUAUGCACUUUAAGCACUUGAACUAUUCAUAUUUUAAUUUUUAAGAUAUCAAGUUAAAUGAAAUAGAAAAUCCACAAAAAGAUCAAGGAUAAAAAUGUAAAAAAGAUAUUUGUAGAAUAUUAAACCAACCAUAAUCCAUGGUAUAUCUAGUUUUUAACACAAUGAAUCAAACGCUUGAUAAAAAAAUAAUCCAUGCAUUAGUAAUUCCUGUAUUACUAAUCCUUAUAUAACUUAUUUUUCUACCAAACGAUCCCUUAGAAUAAUAAGACCACCAUUGUUGGUAGUUGAUUUGUAUCUCUCAUAAAGAUUAAUCACUAAAGCACAGCCAAUCAUUUCAUUUCUUCUAAUUAAAUAAAUACAUGUACUUUAUAAUAUUCUAUUAACUUAUUUUGAUCACUUAAUUACAUAAGAGUCACCAUCACAUACAAAUCAUCGAAUCAAUUCAUGCCAUAAUUUGAUAUUAACAUCAUAAUAUACUUGCUAAUCUGUCGAAGUCUUUAGUUAAUUACAAAUCAUAGAGAAAAAAUAUCAAAUAUGUUAUAUGAUUGUGACCUUUUAACAUCUUAAGCUACCAAACAAAAUAUCACUCUCUUUAAAUGGCCAAUAUAAAUCACUCACAGCCUGCCUGUUAAUUUGUGUUUAUUUUUUUUCAUCCAUUAAUUUCCCACUUCUCAUUACAGAGAGGAGAAAAGGGAAAGAAAUUAAAAAUGGUUGACUGUCAAUGUAUAUAAGUUAUAUUUUAUUUUUAAAAAUGGUUCAACUUUCAUCUAUUAAUUGUGUUAAAUGAAAUUAUAUAAUUUAAUAUAUUGUAGAAGGUUACUUGUCCUUAGUUCUUGCACCUAAACAAAUCACAAAAUAAACCAAAAAACAACAUAUUCAGUAUGAUUUCAUAAGCAAUGUUUGGAAAGAAUAAAAAGUAUGCAGCUUUACUUUUACCAUUUAGAGAUAAAAAAACCAUUUUCAAUAGACAUUCCAAGAAAAAGGUGAAAAAGAAAAAAAAAUGGUGUCGUCGGAGAGAUUUAAAAGGAAAAAGAAUAACAACAACAAUAUAUUCAGUAUGAUUUCGUAAGUGAUGUUUAAAAAGAAUAAAAUUAAUGCAACAUUACCCUUACCUUUUAGAGAAAAAAAAAUCAUUUUCCAUAGACAUUCCAAGAAAAAAGAGAGAAAAAACAACAAAAUGGUGGUGUGAUUGGAGAAAUAAAAAAGGAAAAAGUUGGCUAUCAUAAAAGAAAAAAUGAUGAGAAAGGAGAAGCUACUUGUUCAAAAGAGAGAUCAAAAUUAGGUGGUUGUUAUGAUUUUGUAUAACCUCAUAUUUUCACUAUCACAACCAACAAAAAAAAAUGCAAUAAGAUUGAUGAGAUUCAUGUGUUAUUAAUCAAAGAUGUCGAGUCUAAAUUUGAGAAUCAAAAAGUUUAUUUAAGAAAAAAAAAAAGCUUUAUCUAAAAAAAUCGAUCACAAAAUUUAUUUUAUUAUUUUGUGCUCGACUUGGAUGUUAUCAAAAAUGUUUUCUCAUCUAGAAUGUAUUCAAAUUAAUCACGCCAAUGUGUAAUAUAUGUUAUAGUAAUAACUAAUAAUAGUUAUACAAAGAAAAAAGAGAGAAGCAGCCUAUAUUGACCUCAUUAAUUACUAGAAGGGUCCAAAUAUUUGUAUGUGUAAAGGAUCCAGAAUAUUCCUCCUUAUAGUAAAUACAACACAAAAAAAAAUAUAUCAUCAAGUAGAAUUAAGUUUUUUAGGAAAAAUACAAUAAAUGAAAAACGAUGGAGAACACAAACUAAUUACCUUCCUCCCUCUCAUAUUAAUUGAUCGUUACAUUAAAAAAAUUAAAGCUCACAAUCCAUCUCAAAAAUAAUUAUAUUUUUUUAAAAUUUAAGCUCAAAACCUGUAAUUAAAAAAAAGUAAUAAUAUUUACCGCUCCAUCAAAAUUUCACUUUUGUGUGAAAACAAAAUAAUUCAUCCAUUUGUUAUUAAAAAAAAAAAAAAGAGUUAACCUUUUUCUGCACAUCAUAAUCAAGAAAGAGAGGAACUCCAUUCACAUAAAAAUCAAUACACAAGAGUAGAAAAUGAAACUGAUGAUAACUAAUGAGACAUUAAAAAUCCUAACAACAACUUUUGUCUACUAUUAAUUACAUCAAAAGUUCACUCAUAAACAUUUAAAAAACCUGCUAAAAAAGCAAAAUCACAGAGAGAGCAGUACUAGUAACAAUCAUCAUGAUGUUCUUCCAGCUGGUUAUUCUUGAUGAUGAUGAUGAAACUUGAUCGGAGUGAGGAGGCUUUCUAUAAUAAUAAGGAAA